AUGGGGGAUGAAAACCGAACUGGAAUGACUGAAUUCUACUUCCAUCCCUUCUCAAGUCUCCCCAAGGUGCAGCUGCUGAUUUUCCUGAUCCUUCUGCUCAUGUACGUGGUCAGUGUCUGUGGGAAUGGCACCAUUGUGCUCAUUGUCUGUACCAAUCGCUCCCUCCAUACCCCCAUGUACUUCUUCCUGGCCAACCUGGCAGCUAUGGAGAUCUGCUACUCCACCAUCAUUGCCCCACUGACCCUGGCCAAUCUCACAUCUUUGAGGAAGGCCACCAUCUCCCUGGCUGGCUGUGGCACACAGAUGUUCUUCUUUAUCUUCCUGGGAGGUGCUGGAUGUGUGCUGCUGGCUUUCAUGGCGUAUGACCGAUAUGUGGCUAUCUGCCACCCACUGCGCUACACCCUCAUUAUGAACUGGACUGUCUGUGUGAGCAUUGUAGCUGCAUCCCUGGUACUGGGCUUCUUGGUAUCCCUUAAUAUGACCAUCCUGAUCUUCCACCUGCCAUUCUGUGGCACCAAUGAAAUCUACCAUUUCUUCUGUGACAUUCCUGCUAUUCUGCGUCUGGCAUGCAGCAACACCCAUGUCCACCAGGUUGCCCUCUAUAUUUGUAGUGUCAUAAAUGUGGCCAUCCCUUUCCUGUUGAUUUGCAUCUCCUAUGCCUUCAUUGUGGUCGCCAUCCUGCGGAUCAGCUCUGGAGCUGGCCGGCACCGUGCCUUCUCCACCUGCUCCUCCCACUUGAUGGUUGUUGCCCUGAUGUACGGCUGCAGCAGUUUCAUAUACUUACGCCCUAGUUCCAGUUACUCCCCGGAGCAAGGCCGGGUAGUGUCUGUGGUGUACACCUUUGUCACUCCUGUAUUGAACCCCUUGAUCUACAGCAUGAGGAACAAGGAGCUAAAGGAUUCCCUGAGCAGAGCACUGGGAAGGAAAAUGCUGCCUCAGAGUAAAUGA